AGUCACAUGGUGUCCCCUAGCCGCUAUAAAACGGUCACGCGACCGGCAAUCUGUCUCACUCGAUUCAACUCCUCAACCCGGCUAGCGGCACUGCCUGUUCUCUGAUUCAACUGACGAAAAAGCCGACAUCAUGAGGCUCUUUAUCGCUGUCGUCUGCGUUGCCAUGGCAACGGCCUCUCCGCUUCUGAACCCCCAAUGGGAGGUCUUCAAGAAAGCUUACAACAGGGUGUACGCUGCUGAGGAGGAGUACGCCAGGCGCCUGAUCUUCGAGGACAACCUGAAGACCAUCCAGAUGCACAACGAGGAGGCUGACCGCGGGCUGCACACCUACAGGCUGGGCGUCAACCAGUUUGCCGACAUGACUCACAAGGAAUUCCUGGAGAACGUCAUCGGCGGCUGCCUGAUGGACACCAACACCAGCAAGUCCAGCGCUGACCACGUGCACGAGUACGACCCCACCCUGACCGACCUGCCCGACACCGUGGACUGGAGGGACAAGGGUUACGUCACCCCCGUCAAGAACCAGGAGCAAUGCGGAUCUUGCUGGGCAUUCAGUACGACCGGUUCUCUGGAGGGUCAGCACUUCAAGGCUACCCAAAAGCUGGUUUCCCUGAGCGAACAGAACCUGGUGGACUGCUCCCGUAAGGAGGGGAACCAGGGAUGCCAGGGUGGUCUCAUGGACCAGGGCUUCAAGUACAUCAAGGACAACGGUGGCAUCGACACUGAGGAGUGCUAUCCCUACAAGGCCAUGAACGAGAAGUGCCACUACCAGGCCAGUUGCAUGGGCGCCACCCUGUCCAGUUACACCGAUGUCAAGACCAAGGACGAGGACGCUCUCCAGCAGGCCGUCGCUACUGUCGGGCCCAUCUCUGUCGCCAUCGACGCCGGACACUCAUCCUUCCAGCUCUACCACAGUGGCGUGUACCACAACUUCUUCUGCAGUGAAACCAAGCUGGACCACGGUGUGCUGGCGGUCGGCUAUGGUACCGAUGAGGGCAAGGACUACUGGCUCGUGAAGAACAGCUGGGGUGAAUCCUGGGGUGACAAGGGCUACAUCAAGAUGUCCCGUAACAGGCACAACAACUGUGGAAUCGCCACUCAGGCCAGCUACCCAACAGUCUAGAUGUUACACAACAAAUCCCAGACAAUCAUAGACGCGAAAUUGUAGCCUGGAAUUCGGAUGAAAAAUGAAAAAAAAAAAGCUUAAGAAGCAAGCUCCUAUCUGGCUCUUCUGAUGACAGAGAUUAUUUACUCGUAACUAUUCAGUAGUCAGAAGCCAGCCCUUGCUUUCUGUUGAACUAACGAGUAUAAUAGCUUAACGAAUAAUUCGACAUAGCUAUAUAGGAUCUAGGAAAAGAUGUCGAAAGGUUGAAAUACGUCAAACAAAUUUGACGCACCUUCUCACCAUGUUGAGUGGUUAACUUCAAAUACAUAUUGUAAAAUGUUUCUGAAUACAAAUAUGUGAAUACUCGCUUUUCGAACUUCAUAACUCUUAGUUUAUACAGCUGUCGGGACACUUUUGCAAUAAUAAAACGACACAAAUAUCCUGUUAGUAUUGCCAAAAUGUGCAGCAUUUUACUAGAAAGGAAAGUCUUGUGAUUGUGCUUAUCGCUAGCUACCUAGUAGUAUAAAUGUUUUAGGUUUAUUUCUUUUUAGAAAUGAUUUGUAGACUCUUCAGAACAGCGCCUUUUCUUGCCUAGAAAAAUCGCACUAAACUUUUAUCACUUCCCA